CGCCUUGAUAAAUAAAAUAGCAAUUGUUAUUAACAUUGUUUUUGCGAGCAGCCACUGUAGGAGCACAUAAAAUGGUAGUAACGCGGGAAAAUAAAAUAGUACUUAGUUUUUUACUGUCGGUUUUUCUUUCCAACUCAUGUGACGCGAUAAAAUGCUUUGAUUGCAACAGUGCUAACAAUUCUGCCUGUUUGGACAUGCACCUACACAAAAUGCACGCCAUCGUGCCUGUCGUGGACUGCGCCAAAGCACUCCCCAACGCUUUGAGCAGUCAAUUCUUUUGCAGGAAAAUGGUACAAACAAUCCUUCAUCCAGACCAGACACCCGAUCUCCGGGUAAUUCGUAGUUGCGGCUGGGUGAAGCACAAGAGGGAAUGCUAUACGGCCGACAACAAAGAUCACUUAGAGACCGUCUGUCAAUGCUUUGGUGACAUGUGUAACGCGGGAAAUGUUCUGGAAAACGUCAAAAUUACAGUUCUUUGCGCUUUGUCAGCCAUCUUUGUGUAUGUAAAUAAUUGGAGGAGUAAUAUUUAA